CUCUCUGCUGGACAGCAAGAGACGCUGCUUCACACACACACACACACACUGCCAACAUGCUGGGGACACUCUGCACUCUCCUCACUGCUCUGACAUGUGGCAGUGCUGUGACUGUAGUCACACAGACGCCUGCUGUUGUCACGGUGAGGAAAGGAGAGUCGGCCACUCUACACUGCAAUCUGGGGACUGUGAUUGACGAUUCUGCUCGGUGGUAUAAACGGGUUCCAGGAGAGACUCCUCAGUACAUGCUUAGGUCUGACCGUGAUGUGAGCACUGUGGGAUAUGGCUCUGGUUUUUCAUCCCCUGAAUUUGACUCCAAGCAUUCCUCUCGUAGUGAUUGCAGUCUACCAAACCUCUACAGUCUGAUCAUUAAUACUGUAGAGGUGGGAGACUCUGCUGUGUAUUAUUGUCAGACAUAUGAUAACACUGCUAAUGAAUUCGGACUAGGCACCAAGCUCAUUGUCACUGAUCCUACACUGCCAGCUCCGUCUCUGACUGUCUUCCCUCCGUCUCGUGAGGACCUGAGUGGGGACAGUGUGAGGGUGGUGUGUGUGGCUGAGGACGUGUCCGCUGGCCUGGCUGAUGUCAGCUGGCUGCUCGGUGGGAACCCUCUAAUCAGUGGCAUCAGCACCAGCUCUACUCAGCAGCAGCCCAACGGCAGGUUCCGACUCAGCAGCAUCCUGACCAUCCAGACAGCUGUUUGGACCAGUGGCAAAGACGUGACCUGUCAGGUGACCAGUUCUGGCUCCACAGCCUCCAAGACCAUCAGCCAGCCAGACUGCUCUGACUGAUGCUACAGGGACGCCUAACCCUGCAUGUGCUAUGCCUGUCAGUAAAUGUGUUUCGUUCUUUUAGACUGUUUGAAUUCAUUCCUUUAAUACGUUCCUUUGACUCUUUGAUUUUGUUCAAAUAAAAAGCAUC